AUGAGAGAGAUAGGGAGAGAGUGAUCAUGUCGCCUCCCUGUAGUUCAAAAGUCUUUAGGAAGCUCAGCCUCGCAGAAGAUACCUAAAGCAGCAGAAGAGGGUAUCAGUGCAUUUUGGGAGCCCGAACUGGACUGCAGGGCAGGCUUUCUUAUCCGGGGGGAAAUAGGGAGCGACAGACUAAGGUGAAAACAAAAAAGGAAGAGAAGAAGAGAAGUAACCAAACUCAUUUAGACACUCAAUGGUCACAGACACACAAAGCAAUUGAUAGCAGCUACUGUAGGGUACACACACAAACACACACAUACAAGCACACACGUGCACGAGGUUAGCAACAGAAACAUGCUGGUACAUACACUCAUCAUCUUUCACGAACGCGCAAACAGACAUGUGCACAAACAAACAAACAACAAUCACUGAUUGAACUUGCCUCACAAGGACCCUAAUUCUGGAGACUUUGGGGGGUGGGGGGGUCAAAUUGGGACACUGUUUCACUCUCCAGUCCUGGAAAACAGCCUGCGAUCCACCUGCUCCUGUCCCGUACUGGAUGACCAGAGGCUUGGAGUUAAGAGGGACGUCAAGCGAAAGGGAGUACUCAGUGUUUACCUGACAGAGGGCUGAGCAGCUGGAUAAAGACAGCAAAGACUCCUACCAACAGUUUGCAUAUCCACUUCCUCUACCACCCAGAAUACCCUUCUCUUUUCUACUGAAAUCAAAUAUGCUUCUUUAAAUAAAAAUGGCCGACCUGUGAUUUCAUCACCGCCACUUCAGCUUGUGUGGCAUCAAUCCACCUGGUGGAAGAGGUCCUAAUACUGUCCACUGCGUUUCAGAGAGCUACAGGUUCGUGGCUGGAACAGUGCAAGGGGAAGGGCAUGGACAGGGUCCUAUCUGAGCUUCCUUCUCUAAACUGACUACCAUUUUGGGAUUCAUGAUGCAUCGAUCAAAAAGGAAUCACGCCGGAAAUGUUUUCCCUCCAUUUUUCCUGCUGCAGUCUGGUUGUAUUUGCCAGCAUCUCAAUUUAGCUUGCAACUGAUGGACAUUCACAUUUCUCAUUACCCUCUAAUAACUGUAGUUUGACUACUGACUGAUCGACUACAGUGUCUUUAAACUGUGAGUUUCCUUUUUAGCCCUUCCAGAGACAUUGUGAUCUAGGCGUGGGUUGACAUUUUGUAUAAUCCAUUUUGAUUGAUGAGGCAUAAUAAGGCAGAAACCUAAUUCUUUGGACUUUAAGCCUUUGACGAGUUAAAGCACAUGUCACUGAAUAAAGGAAUAUAGUGCUAGUGCACGAGGCUAAAGGCUAAAGUACCUAAGUAUGCAAGAGCCCCUAAGCUGAAUUUCAGACAGAGGAGAGGAGCUACAGUGUUGAGGUAUUGCUCCACAUUGUCAGACGUGCUUUUAAGCAUCUCUGGGCUUUGGAAUGACUCACAAUGAUUAAACAGAAAGGUGAAUGGGCUAAAAAGGGCUAAAAAGCUAAAUUUUCUGUGGGGGAAAUAUGUUCUUCUCUUCAGUUAUCUUUCCCCAUUGAAUCAGCUCUGAGUCAAUGAUUCAGACCAUGGCUCUGAAAUAAACCCGGACCCACACACUGAGCAGCACAGAAAGCAGAUAAAAGGGUCCACCGGUUGAUGCGGUAUCCGCCAUUUUUGUAGAAGCGGGAUGGAGAUUCAGGAUGAACUGGAGCAUCCCCUGUUGGGUGGCAGCCCCAAGCACAGUGGAGGACCUGUUGACAGCACUAGUGGCAAUGGGAUGUAUAAAGGCAUCUUGGUGAGGUGCGGGGAGGAGAACACAUUGCCCCCUUUGGCCUGGAGGGGUUACUGCACCCCGGCUGAGUUCAACCAGCAGCAGCUCCUGGACCCUUGCACUCUACCCUGCUCCUUGGAGUCCCUUUACCCAACAGUGCCAGUGUGGAGCCACUCAGAGCCCCUGGGCCAGCACAGGAAGGACUAUCUGGAGACAACCUUUGUGGACAUUGGCCCUGGCUCCCCAUUGGAGAAGAAGCUGCUGGAUGAGGAGCGGGAUUGUCACAGCAUCUCCUACAGCACGGAUGAGGACGACCUCCUGCCUGAUUAUGAGGACUCCUCGAGCGAGUGCUUCAGCGAAACAGACAGCGAGCGCAACUUCCCGCUGAUGAUCCCGCAGGACUACCUGGGACUGGCAGUCUUCUCCAUGCUCUGCUGUUUCUGGCCCCUGGGCAUUGCGGCGUUCUACCUUUCCCAGAAGACUAACAAGGCGUCGGCCCAGGGGGACCUCCAGGGGGCGAACUCCGCCUCUCGCCACGCGCUGUGGUUGGCCGUGCUGUCCAUCGUCUUCGGCGUCAUCACGUACAUCUGCGCCGUCGCCGCCCUCGUCUCCUACCUGUCCGGGAAGCCCCCCUAAGCGCCCCCUCAUUACCCCCCUGUCCCCCUACGGUACCCCUUUCACCCAGCCCCCAAGUGUCCCUGAGAGUCCCACGUGAACAGAAACCCAGCGGUUCUAGGAUGGCUUGGUGUUGAGUGGAUAGGAUAAUGCGUUGGUGUUGGGUUACAUUGAAGUGGGUCACUGUUUUAGUGUAUCACAGGGUCAUAUAUGCGUAGCUUAAUUUGAACCGGACCAAAAUGUUUUCAUUGAUGUUCGAAAAAUGAUUUAAAAAACACAUGGCCUGAACAGAAACACAGUCCUAAGUCAAAAAGGUGAUUAAUGAUUAAUUAGCUUUGUGUUACCAUGACAAGCGGUUGUGAUAGUGCCAUUAUUAAAGUCAAGAAAGAAAGGCAAAUCCCAAAAUCCUUUGUUCUAUGACACCAUGAGUGGCAAUGAGUCAAGGAAGUUUUUUAGAUGGUUGGAAACACACAUUUUUGAAUUCAUGAUGCUCAGGAAACAUUAUAAUGUUUUCCCAGUUUUUUUAUAAAAAGGAACACAGCUACCAAUUUGACAGCAGAUAUAGUUCACCAUCUGUCUCUUUGAAGAUGUUCAGUUAUGUUCCACAUAGUUAGGGCCAUGCCCCUUUCAUAUUCAGAUGUUCCUGAAAUUACUCCUUCAAUAACUUUUUUAUUUCAAGAGAAAUUACUUCUGAACUAUGUUUUUACUUGCAUACAAAUCACAUUAAUUUUCAGAUCAAAUCUUUUUCAAGUCAAUAUUUGCACUUUAACUAUGUAACAUGAAUCAUUUGAUGAGACUUGGGGACUUAAACGCUGACAGUAAUAUAUAUAGUUAUAUAAAUCUAAUACCUUGAACAUGGACUUUACAGAAAGCAAUUUGAAGAUGAAAAUCAGAUGAGAUGGAUAUGGUUGCCUUUUCCUUGUUCUCCCUCUGGCUGUGUUUCUCUACUGUGCCUCUGCAAGUCCAGGAUUCACCAGUUUGAACCUGCUUGAGCUUUGAAAAGCUCUUGUCAACAUUUCUUUAAAGAACCGUAAAGAUUCUCUCAUAAAGCUCUGUGGAUGGUUUUUCACCACAUGCUUAAAAAUAUUUCUGAAUAGCUACUGUAUAGCUGAACUGAUUACGCAAUGGAAUUAAGAAUGACAAAGGCGACAAUGGAUUCAUCAUCCCUGGAGUCUCCUUGGAGAUAAUAGAACAAAAGAUUGGUGAUUAUCAUAAUGUACUACAAGUAAUACUUCAGCAUUGGCAAGAGACCAGAAUGUUCCAGAACACAGUGUGAGCUACGUCUCACUACUCAUGGGGCGGUGUGGUAGUGGGUGAGGGAGAGUGUCUUUUCAUGUGUCUCCAUUCCCAGUCUGACUAAUACAUGUUCUCCCCUACACAUGAAAGCACAGACCCUUGAGGACUGUAACAUACUGAGAGAAGCCCUCUCUUACUACCAUCCCCUGACAUAAAUCUUUACAAUCAGGCAACCGUCCUUUAAAUUGCAGACAAAUUAACCGAGUUGAGUAUCGAAAAGCUAUUGUACAUGGUUGACCCUUUCAUUAAAAGUACAUCAGAACACAAGAAGACACUUGCCUUUCCGAGGAGGAAAAGCAAUACGCUUGCUUCUGGACCCUGGUUUGAGUCGAGGUGUCAGUGGAGCACAGCACUCGUCUCACAUGACAGGGCAUGUGACCGGGACAGCCGGAGCAGUCUUGCAUGUCAUCAAAGACAUUCCAUCACGUUCCGUUUUCAUUAUUGCAAAUUAUGUCAGUGACCUUACAUUGUUAGCGCGGACAACUUGCAUGGUAUUUUCGCACUUUACUUGAAUUGUUGAACCCUGUAUGUUUACCUUGCUUCUCCCUAGGCCUACUUGUGUUCUGUUUUCAUAGAAAAUAAACUACUGGUCCGCUAGGAAUUCUUUCAGUGUUGCCGGGGAGAACUUCAUAUCUGUGCAAUAUCUCUGAUGAUAUAAGCCUCAAGAAAAAGAUUGUACACUUAACAAUUACAAUUUAAGUCAAAUAGUAUACUAUGAGUAACCUACAGUCAGUGAUGCAGUGUGAAAAAAUAAGAGGACCAGUCUAAAUAUUUAUAAUCUUGAAUUUAUACAGAUAGGGCCCAUUUAUGUCAGGCAAAACUGAUGGUCAUUAGUCAUUUUAACAUUCCAUAUUGCAUAUGGAAUUUUAUUUUCCUGAGCACACAGUUAUAACAAUUAUUUUUAUAUUUAAUAUUUAAUCAGGAAACUGGCCAUAGAGGAUGUGUCUGUGUUGAUUAAACCUGGUCAAUAUCCCAGACUGUUUAAUAUCACCAAAGUCACUGACAUGGCAUUGGGGAUAUUAAGAGGCUUACACUGACCGAACACUGUGCAAGCUAUACUCACUGAAGAGCACUUAUAUAGGAUUCUUCUAAUCAUAUGAACCGAUAUUUCAACAAGGAUGCAUCAACUAACGCUUAGAAUGCAUUUAUAAUAAUACUGAUUGGAGGGUGAUGAUUAAACAAAAUGAGAGAUACAAUUUUCAAGGAUUAUGUGGUGAGCUUACCGUAGGUCACUGAGAUCCUAAUAUCGCAUCGAAGGUAGGGCAUCAAAAGCACACCAGUAUAUUGUGUGUGAAACUUUUCCCCCACAAUGCAUCUGCACCGCAGUUUGCAUCUUAACUCUGACUUUCGACGGGGUUCCUCAGUCCCAGGCUCCAGAGGCAGAAAGGAUAAAAAUGCACAUCAAUGAUCUCAGAGACAAAGCCUUGCUCCACAGUGCUUUGAGACUGAGCUUUUUUGGGGGAGCCGGUCCCAGGUGCUGCAUGCAUACUUCAUGUCUGAAGUGUUCUUUUUUUAACCGUACUAAAUUUACAGAUAGACACUGAAUAGCAGAGGCAGGAGUCAAGCUGGGGACUGGUAUGUGGGUGAAAGCUGACUGCAUCUGCUGAGAGUGGCACAGAUAGGUCUUGUGCUGUCCAUCUGAAAGUGAUGAUGUAAAUACGCCUUUAAAAAUAAAUCGAUUCAAACAUC